AUGAAAAAUUAUGUUGGGUGGGCUCACUAACUUUAGGAUGUAAUUUAAAUAAGAAAAAAUGAUGUAAAUUAUUUAUUUAACAUUUGUAGGAAGUUUUUGAAAGGAAGAAAUAGAUCUAAAUAGAUAAUAUUAAGUCUUUAAAUAAAAUUGUGGAAUGA